GAAACAUUUGCGCACACCAAUCAUGUUCAGUACGCUACCAUUCUUUGCCGGGCUUCCUUUGCUCACGAGGUGUGCUACGCUUGCCAUCCAGUCGUCGACGGUCCCCUAUGUGAGCAUCGUAGGCAAUCGUCUCGAAAGUAUCCAGAAAACCCAGGAGCGACGCGUAUGCAGCGUCAGCAGCCUGCCCGAUGCUGCGCUGCCUUGCCAAGCAACGCAAUCCCUAGGCCCCCAGCAUAGGCCUGCGAAGGCGCCUAGCCACCCAAGUCACGCCCAACGAGUCUUUAGCUGGAAAGCGUACACAAAGAGCAAUGGCUCUCACGCCAAGCAGGGACCCGGCUCCCCGGCAGGGGGCAAAGGAGUUGUAGACCAGGGGCACUACUACCGCAAAGGAAACUGGAGUACGUAUAAGAAGCAGCAGGACUGGGGCAGCCGGCGGCAGGGAGAGGAGCAGCAGCGAAAGCAGGCGCCAGCCACAACGGCAGCUGUCAUUGAUCCCGAACUCCAGCAGUUUGCAGCGGGCGGAAGCCAAGCAGCAGGGGGUUUCGAGGCCGAGCAUUUCUACCGAGAGGCCGAGCAUUAUUACCGGCGAAACUUAGCAGGAUGGUUACUGAGGAUGAGGGACGACCUGGAGGCCGCUCGGCGACAGCCCACUGCGACCACCAUGUCCAACAGCGACUACUACUACUCCCUCGGCCGCAUGAACUCAGCCGACGCCAUCUCCAGCAUCCUCCAGCCCCAGCAAGCCCAGGGAGGGCUCCGGCCGCUUGGCUCCAAGCAGCCCUCCCACCCGGGAGGCCCCGACAGCCGCCGCCAGCCCCGUUUCGACCCCAAGCUGCUGCCUGACGUAAUCCGUGUGUUCCAGCGCGCCUCGUCACGGCUGCGGUUCAGCACCCAGCUGCCGCAUGCGGUGGCUGCCUACGUGGCGGCUGCGGCGCAGCGAGGGAGCCUGGACCUGGCAGCGUUUGACGUGUCGGCGUGCAAGUCGCUUGCGGUGUUUCUAGGGGAUGCACAGGUGGUGAACCGCGACUGCUUGGAGGAGCUGCAUAAGGCCCUCCAGUCCCGCUGGUCCCAGCUGCCGCCUGAGGACCUGGUGGAGCUGCUGGGGGCGCUCCGGCGACUCAACGACGCGGACCGCAUGGCUGCUGUGGGCCGACCCGGCCUCGGCUCCUCGCGGCUGCUACGCAUGCUGCUGGACGCCGAGCCCUCGGUGAUGGCGCUACUGGGAGCAAAUCGUAGCGGUGACGGCAGCGGCAGCAGCAGCAGCGGCACGCAUCCGGCUGCAGCUGCAGGCGUGGGUGGCGACAGCGCGGAGGGUGCUGCGGGCAGUCUGCCUCCGGGGGCGGCUGUGAAGUUGGCGCUUGCGUAUCUGUCGUUUUACACCGCCGCGACAUCUGGACACCAGCAUUUUGCGAUGGCGCCCAUGCUGAUGGGAACGCUGGAGUUGUGUAUGGCGCGGUUGGACCCGAGCGACCCGCGGGUCACUCCUGCGGAUGACCUGGCGCGCUUGGUUGCUGGCGUGGCGGGCGUGGCGGUGCUGCCAAGCCAUCCGCUGUCUGGGCACUUGCAACGGUGCGCGGAGGCUGUUACAGCGCGAGCGGGGGAGCUGUCGCAACGCGCACGUGCCGUGCUGCUGGACUUGCCGCCUGGGCAGCAGUGGGCGCUGCCGGAGAACUGGAGAGCGACCUUGCUGGCAGCUGCGCCAACGGGUUGAGCGUGUUGUUCAUGAUUCCAUGCGUGAGGUGUAGCCCCUUUGGCUCUUUGGCGUGCGUGGUAUGAAGUGAAGGGCGGUCAAGCAUGGUAAUGUUGAGUAGCCAUACACAAGUACCGGUACAUUACAAUUUGGGGGACAUCGUGUUGCGCUGCAUGUUCAAUAGAACCGUACAACUAUGGCAGGCUCCUGUGUACUGUUGAACGUAGGAAUGAGUUCCUUCCAACGGCGUGCUGAAUACCACUAUAGGCGUGUAGGUCAAACAAACCGUGGCGAUAUGUACUUCUCCUCAUUGUAACUUUGCAGUCCAGCACGCAACAUGCAACUGAAAAGUACCAACUGACCUGAACAACACCAACAACAGUUUUCAGAAACGGCGAGCCAAGCGGUAUCUGGACCAACCACGCAUGCACAGUUACAAAAAAACAGAGUGUUGACUGAACCAAAGGACCUC